AUGAGCUUAGGAAGCACUCCGAAUUCUGCGGUUCAAAACUUCAACGGAGCAUGCGAUGCAGCGGUAGCCCGUAUGACGAGACGCGGCGGAGUACUCGCCUUGGUUCGCGAACGAUACAUUAGAAAGCUACUCACACCGGCAAGCCUCGGCGUGGAGAAUCCUAGCACCGCUGCCUCCUUUGUUGGCAUGCCGACGGCGCGACAUAACGCGACGCGUUUCGCCUACGUACAACUUUAA